CUGACGAGUGGGUAAUUCCGAUCAUCGCCAGCGGGGGUCACAGCCCGUCUUCACUGUUGCGUCUUUGUGCUGGCAUUGAUCUCGUCGACUUCCAUCCCUCCGUGACCCUCCCUCCAUGUCAUGAAUUUGAACCCGUCCACGUAAUCGUGAUACCAUCCGGGGUGCUGCUGCUGCUGCAAGUCCAACCCGAACUACUAUGGCCUCGCAACCAGCGUCGCUGAGGGACCGUCAGGUCGCCUCCAUUCACAAGAUCCUCAACUUGAACCACGAGCCACAGCCGACGGAAGACUCCCACCACGAUGCGUCCGCGCAAGGCCUCAUCUCGACCCCGGUCCUGAACGAGGAUGGCGACCCCAUCUGGAAGGUUCUGGUGUUUGAUAAUAUGGGCAGGGAUGUCAUCAGUAGUGUGCUACGGGUCAAUGACCUCAGAGUUUGGGGAGUUACAAUCCAUUUAGGCAUCAAUUCCACGCGAUACCCAAUCCCCGAUGUCCCCGUUGUCUAUCUUGUCGAGCCUACACCUUCCAACAUCCAGGCGAUCACCAACGAUCUUUCUCGCGGACUCUACUCGCCCGCCUACAUCAACUUCCUCUCCUCCGUACCCAGACCCCUCCUCGAAGACUUUGCGUCCCAGAUAGCAACAACAGGAACCGCGGAGCAUGUUGCACAGGUUUACGACCAGUACCUGAACUUUAUCGUUGCGGAACCGGAUCUUUUCAGUCUGGGACUAGGGAAUGAUGCGUACUGGAAGAUCAACAGCGCGCAAACCAGCGACGACGAUCUAGAUGCGAUUGUCGACAGGAUUGUCAGCGGGCUAUUCAGCGUUAGCGUUACAAUGGGUGCCAUCCCAAUUAUCCGGUGCCCUAAGGGCGGCGCGGCCGAACUAAUAGCAACCAAGCUGGACCGCAAGCUCCGCGAUCAUAUUCUCAACUCGAAAGAUAACCUGUUCUCAAGCAAGAAAUCCACUCCUGGUGUCCCAUCCGCACGACCAGUUCUGAUCAUUGUCGACCGUAACGUGGAUUUGGUGCCGAUGCUCUCUCACUCGUGGACAUACCAAUCUCUGGUGCAAGAUGUGCUACAGAUGCGCCUCAAUCGAAUCACAGUGGAAUCCACCGAUGAAGCAAACCCCGCGAAAGGGGUCACAAAGAGGGCAUACGACCUGAACAGCAACGACUUCUUCUGGAAGCGUAAUGCCGGUGCACCGUUCCCUCAGGUGGCGGAAGACAUCGAUGCGGAGCUUACCCGGUACAAAGAAGAUGCCAACGAGAUCACGAAGAAGACCGGUGCUUCUUCGAUUGAAGAUCUCCAGAAUGACACGAGUGCCUCUGCCCAGCACCUCAAGGCUGCCAUCACACUCCUUCCAGAGCUGCGGGAACGCAAGGCUAUCCUGGACAUGCACAUGAACAUUGCCACCGCCCUGCUCAAGGGCAUCAAAGACCGUCAGCUGGACAACUUCUUCGAACUGGAAGAAAACAUCACCAAGCAGUCUAAGACCCAGAUCAUGGAGCUGAUCAACGACUCCACCAAGGGCAAUGAUCCCCUGGAUAAGCUUCGUCUCUUCAUCAUCUGGUUCCUGAGCACCGAAACGGAGGUCUCCCGCGCCGAGAUGAACCAAUUCGAAGAAGCUCUCACACGCGUUGGAGUCACGGACGUCACUCCACUCGCCUAUGUCAGACAGGUCCGAGAAAUCACUCGUAUGACGAUGAUGACAACUGCAACAUCCGCUCCCCAACAACAAUCUUCUAACCUUUUCCGCGGUUUCUCCUCUCUGUCCAACCAGUUGACCGAUCGCAUCACCUCCGGAGCGCUUGGCGCCAACUUUGACUCGCUCAUCUCGGGCGUCAAGAACUUCCUCCCUGCCAACAAGGACCUGACCCUAACCAAGAUCACCGAAUCGAUCAUGGACCCCACCUCCGCAUCCAGCUCCGCCAUUGCCAAGACCGAGAGCUACCUCUACUUUGAUCCCCGCAGCGCGAACGCCCGAGGUGCCAUGCCCCCGGCCUCUGCAUCACGCAACGCUCAAGGCCAGAGUCUGAACAGCUCCGGGCCAGGCAUGAGCGCCACCUUCGGCCAGCGCCGCCAGGCCUUCAACGAGGCGAUUGUUUUCACCGUUGGCGGUGGCAGCAUGGACGAAUACGGCAACUUGCAAGACUGGGUGAGUCGGACGAGUGGACAACCGGGCGCCGACGGUGCCGGUGCCGCCAGCCGUGGCGCGCAUGGAGUCCCGAAACGGAGAGUCGUGUACGGCAGUACGGACUUGAUGAACGCCAAGGAAUUCCUGACAGAAUCGCUGGCGAAGUUGGGCCGGGAGGGUUGAACCUAGGUGGGUGGAUGGUAGCAAAUAGAAUUUGCCUUCGAGUAUAGUACUUAGUAUAGUUAAUUGAUGCGUAUGAGCUGAUCCUAUCUACGUUCCUGCAUAGCUCAAUAU